AUGAGGCCAACCAUGCUAUGGUCGGGCAUCCUGUCAUUCGCCUCACUCUUGUCCAACUCGACCAAUCCGAGCUCUCAGGUCAACGCGACUGCCCGCUCUCCCUCCAAGAAAUCGCUCUUUGAUUGCGACUGCUUCACCGUCUCCGGUCCCGACCCAGGCUACUAUCAACACUACAAGCUCUGGGACUUUCGGUCGGUCCAUCUCAAGAAACCCAUCGAACCAGAGCUGCCAAAUCCGGAUUAUGACGAUGACGAUGACGAUGAUGAGUGGGAAGAUGACGACGAAGACGAUGGUCAAGAUGAAGCUUCGCAGCCUGUGUUGGGACCCAACGCCAUGUGGUUCUUCGAAACCACCUUCGACAAAGAUUGGAUGAGCCAGCAGUGGGCACGUUCACGUACCCCCAAUUCUCCGGUGGACAUGGUUAACUCGAAGCGGAACGUUUUCUUCACGAGAAACUACGAGGUCGAGGACCCUCAUGCAACAUAUCUUGCUCUCAGAACCACCCGACAUGAGAACUAUACCUCCACAGCGGAAAUCGAGACCCGAAUCCGUAAUGUCUACCGUUGUUCCCUGCGUGUACGCCUUCGCAUCCUUCCAGCCGGGAUGGCAGUUGCGACUCCAUCGAGCGUGGUGAAGGAAUGGCCACCGCGAGAACCACAGCAACACGCUAUCCCGGCCCUAAACUUCCUACCAACUGGUCCCAAAACUAAUGCCACAUCCCUCACCGACGGCAAACCCCAUUCCGGUGCAUGCGUUGGUAUAUUCACGUACCAUUCUCGAAACUGCGAAUCAGACAUUGAAAUCCUGACGAGCGAUCCGUCUCAUCGAGUGCGAUACGCGAACCAGCCAGAUUACGACCCCGUCACGGACGAAAUGAUCCCCGGGGCAAGCACAAUCGCAGACUUACCAGUCCCCUGGACAGACUGGUACACUCAUCGAUUGGACUGGCUUUCGGAUAUAUCGCAGUGGUGGGUGGACGACAAGAUCCAAGAGACAAAGAGAUACCAGGUGCCUAAUCUCCAGAGCAGACUGGUGAUCAACCUUUGGAGCGAUGGCGGCGUAUGGACAGGUGACAUGAAGCUUGGUGAUAGCAUUUUCCUGGGUAUCGAGUAUAUCGAACUCGCUUAUAACCGAUCUUCGGAUGGAUCCAACGAAGUCAACAUCCCUCCCUCACAACGACAUGGUGGACAUCAACGACCCAAUGUCAAUGCACCUGCCGCAGAUAUCGCGGAUAUGUUCGAGGAGUCAUGGGAGCCAGACACGGACAGGGUUACGAAGGCUAUGAAAAAGAAUAAGAAGAAAAAGGGACAGCGGAAAUGUAAGAAGGGUCGCAAAGGCGACAAGUGCAGAAAGAGAAAGAAUAAGCCCAAGAAGCCACACAAGGACCCGAGUCAAAGUCCGCAUGAACCGUCUUGUCAGAGGGCUUGCUAUAUUGAUGGCGAGAACUUCCGAGAUGAGGUCUUGGGCUGA